AUGUCAUUUGGGAAACGUGCGGUCUUGCAUUGUCAAGAAGCAAUAUUGGUCCUUUCUGCUGACCAAUGCCGACUGCUUGGCGCUCUAUUGAAGUUCGAGAUGUGGUCGGUACUAUCCGAAUUUUCUGAGCGACUUCCAUCGCCAUUCACUCUUGUUUCACCGGAUCUCGGACUACACAUAAAGUCUAUACAUUUGCUGCCAACGCUCAACGCAGAUCACGUCGUGAGAAGCAUCUGUAUGGCUAACGCGUCGUUAUUCGAGCUGGUGAACUCACACAAUCCGGUUCUUUCAUUGAAAUUUGACUCAGUGGAUCUCUUCUACUUCUCAAAAAUGGUAAUCAUGCUCAAGCCGAAGGAUUUCAUUCACAAUUACACAUGCGUUUAUUACGACGAAAAUGAGGGAGGCUGGUCAACGCGUGGAAUCCGUCGAGUUGAUGCGAAUUAUCAUGGAUUUGUCAGAUGCGAGACGAACCACGUUGGAGUGUUUUCACUACUUCCGGAGAGCUUCUUCUUCUCGAGUGGCGGCCCCAUGCGUGAUCUCAGCGUCUUGCUACCCACAGUUACCACGUUUAUCUCGUUGAUUUGCUCAGUCUUCUUGCUGUUCACGGCCGCUAUACAAAAGAAUAAGUCGUUGGAUUUCGCCUUGCUCGUUCAUGUUUUCUUCGUCUUCAUGGUUCAUAUCGUACAUCUUGUGAUGCUGAUUGCUCCGCAGGUAGGCGAUCCGUUCUCGCUCACACCAGCGCUGCACCUCAUCUUGCAGUUCUCCAUUAUUUCCGUCACUGCCACACUGUACUUGGUGUUGACGUCAAUCCGAACCGUUCUUAAAAGACACUUCGAUCUUUUCAGAGCGUUCGAGAGCGUCGACUGGCUCUUCAUUGCAAACUACUUGACACCCGCUGUGGUUUUUUCUGCCCUUUGCAUUUCGCACGCUAUCUGGAACAUCUAUGUUGCCGGUGUCUGGAGGUCGCGCCAUCGUGGGUCAUCCGAGCGUUUUUUGUCUCUGUCACCAGCUACACAAGCCUCCCUGGUUUCGAUCGUAAUGCUUGGCUUACUCGCGUCUCUCAUCAUUCUGUUUUGGUUCCGUGAAUACUCGACCAUCGUAGCCAUACUAUUCUCGCUUGUGCAGAUACUGUAUUCUUGUUCGGCCUUCUUAUUUGCAGGCUAUCUGUUCAGAAUGCGUUUCUUGUUCGAACGAGAAGAAGACGGUUCCACACAAUCGUUGGAGCGUAAACGAGAUAUCUCUACGGCAUUGCUCGAUCAUGUGGAUGUGGCGAAGGGCAGUGAGACCGGCUCGAUCCGCUCUGAUUCGGAAACCUACCUUCGGAUACCGCAAAGUCUCUACGACCGCGCUCCCAUGGUCAGUAUUGUCUGA